CGCAGGUCUGGAUGGGGCGUUCUAUCUCCAGAGCCGCGCUUCGACAAUUCAUAUUUCAAGAGCCUGCUGCAGAGGUUCGUCACCGAGCGCCUGCAGAACAGCCCAGAGGGCAGGUGCCCCAUCUCCCACGUGAUCAUGGGGGAAUCCGACCUGGCGCUGGUGAGGGACGCCAGCUUCCGGGAGCACGUCGAGGCGUACGCCGGCGACCAGGGCGCCUUCUUCCAGCGGAUUUCUCCCAUAGCUGGGUGCGACUGCAAGAGCUUGGGUGGCCGAUUCUGCGGGACUCUCUCUAAGGGAGAGCCUCCUCCUCCUCCUCCUGAUCCUCCUCCUCCUUCUCCUCGCCCCUCGCCUUCCCUCUCACCUCGGUGGCGAAGGGCAAUUGCCUGCGCGCUGGGCUUCCAGUACCACCAGGGAGGCUUCCGAGAACCGCUUCGGGGAGCGCGUCGCUCCCUUCCUCACCCUCCCAUCCCCCCCCUCUUGUCGUCGUUGUCGUCGUGGGCCUCCUCCUCAGUAGUCAGCUGCAGGCAUGGAGUGGAUGUCGGAGGUCGUUUCAACCACGGUUUCACCACUGCGCCCUGUGCUCGUCGCAGCGAAACGGCUGCGCACUCACCUGUUCUCUACCAGCCAGCAGCGCUGCCCGAGGGCCGCUAGCCGCGGCCAGAGGCCGCCAGGCGCCCAGUAGGUUUUCAUUUUGUUGCCGCCUCCGCCUGCCCAGCUGCUCAAAGACUUCGCGAGGGCCUGGAGGUGCCCUGAGACACCCUCGGCCCGCGAGAGCGUGUGCGGGGCGCCGGCAAACAAA